CGGUUGUUCUGCUUGGUAGUCGACUUUUUCCUCGUUUUCUGCCGAUUCCCAAACUCCAGCAGAGCACAGCCACAUUGGUUCAUCAGCAACCAUGGCCGACGAUGGCAUGCUCCUGAACUUUGAGCUUGGCGAUGCUCCACUGAAGAGCCAAGUCAAGUUUAAAGGCGGCCGCUGGAGGGACCGCGUCAAGGCCCAGAGGAGCGCCAAAAAGUUGCUGCAAAAUGGGUCGACCCAGCCAAAACGCACCACCGGUGACUUCGACUCGAGCAGACCGGUGAAGCGACCGCGGAUUGAGGAUGGCGACUCGUCCAGACACUCCAAGAUGGCCAAGACGGCUGAUGCAAGCAGCAAGGCGCCCAGUCAUGCCAUGAAGACGGGCCAAAUAUCGUCCAGUCUCUUCACGUCAAAUCCAGUUGCCGUCACCGACUUUGCCCAGGCCCAGGUCGAGGAUGUAGAACCGGUGAAGGCCUCGAACGCACCGUUGUCCGAAGAAGCCGAGAACUUCCACACCCUGGGUCUGUCGCGGCGUGUCGCCCAACAUUUGGCAACCAAGCUCGACAUGAAAGCCCCGACAGCGAUCCAGAAAAACACCGUACCGCACCUGAUCAAAGAGGACAGCGACGCCUUCUUGCAGGCCGAGACAGGCUCAGGAAAGACGCUGGCAUACCUCUUGCCCAUAGUCCACAGGAUCAUGGCUCUGAGCUUCAACGAGGAUGGAACGCCCAAGGCCACAAAGGUUCACCGAAACUCUGGCUUGUUCGCCAUCAUCCUGGCGCCCACGCGCGAGCUGUGCAAGCAAAUAUCCGUCGUUCUGGAGAAGCUGUUGCGGUGCGCCCCAUGGCUGGUCUGCACAACCGUUAUUGGAGGCGAGAGCAAGCAUUCGGAGAAGGCACGCAUACGGAAAGGCGUCAACAUUUUGAUUGCCACGCCAGGUCGUCUGGCAGAUCAUCUCGACAACACAAAGGUUCUGAAUGUCGGCACGGUGCGAUGGCUGGUGUUGGACGAAGGCGACCGCAUGAUGGAAAUGGGAUUCGAGGAGGACAUCCGGACGAUUGUUGGGAAGAUCAGGGCAGAUAAACUGCAAAAAGAGAAUGCCGAGGGCGUUGUGCUAGACGGCAUUCUACCCUCCAGGAGAGUAACCGUGCUCUGCUCGGCGACCAUGAAGAUGAAUGUGCAGAAGCUGGGUGAGAUCAGUUUGGAGGACGCCGUGCACAUCACGGCAUCCAAGUCUGAGAUGGAACAGGAUGCCGCAGCCGGAAACGAAACCGUCUUCGCCGCCCCGUCGCAGCUGAAGCAAUCCUGCAUUAUCGUGCCAGCUAAACUGCGGCUGGUGACGCUAAUCGCGUUGCUAAAGUCGACAUUCGCGAGGAAAGGCUCCGUCAUGAAGGCCAUCAUCUUCAUCUCGUGCGCCGAUUCCGUCGACUUCCAUUACGAACUGCUCAAGGACACCAAGACCCCAGAGCCGCCCACUCCCGAGUUUUCACCAACCAAACCGGAGCGCAGCCCGCACACGGAUUCGACUGUCGCUCCUGCUGCCUACAUUACAUCCCCUGCAAACCCGAGGGUGGUACUCCAUAAGCUCCAUGGCUCGCUCGCACAGCCAGUGCGCUCCGCAACACUGGAAUCCUUCUCCAAAUGCAAGGACCCAGCUGUUCUCAUCACCACCGACAUCUCGUCCCGCGGUCUCGACGUCCCGGCAGUGGACCUCGUCAUCGAGUACGACCCAGCCUUUGCCGUCCCCGACCACGUCCACCGCAUCGGCCGCACAGCCCGCGCCGGUCGUCCCGGCAAGGCAGUCCUCUUCCUCCUCCCCGGCUGCGAAGAGGGCUACACCUCGAUCCUCCCCGCCUCCACGCCCAUCACCCCGCAACUUUACGAAUCGGUGCUGCAAAAGGGCCUCGCGACGCCAGUCAACCUCCUCUCCUCGCAGACAAAGACGACCGCCGACGGGACAGAAAAGCAAACGUGGAGCUCCCGCGCCGAAGCGCUCCAGCUCCACAUCGAGCAAAGACUCCUCGCGAAGCCUGCUGAGGAAUCAACAGAAGACGGAAGUGCUGCUGCUGCUUCUUCCAACAAAGGCAAGGGUAGCAAGCCGAAACACCACCAACAAAAGGCCAGCAGACCCAAACCCGUCAACAACCUGCUGCUCGACGCCGCCCGCCAGGCUUUCCGGUCUCACAUCCGCGCCUAUGCCACACAUGUCAGGGAAGAGCGCGUGUAUUUUGACAUUACGCAGCUUCAUCUGGGCCAUCUGGCCAAGGCGUUUGGUCUGCGGGAGACGCCGGGGGGCAUUGGUGGGGGUCUGUCGCGGAGGGCGCACAAGGGCGGUGCUGCGGAGAAGAAGGUUAAGGUCUCCAGUGCAGGGAAGGUUAGCACUAGUGGUGGUGGUGGCGGUGGUGGUGACGGUGGUGGUAGUGGUGGUAGGAGGGAUGGGGAUGAUGAUGACGAUGGGGUGGGUGCGGUAGAUGAGGGCGCUGCGAGGCGGAUGAAGGAGAAGAUGAGGAUGGUUAUGAAUGCGGCGAGCGAGUUCAAUCUUGGGUGAAGGUGGUUGUUGCCUUGACAUGAUGCGGUGGGGUUGGUGGUUGAGGAGUAGGUCUGAAUAUACCCCUGUUGGAGGUGUUGCAAAUUUGAUGGAGUGGGAAUUUAGCAAGCCUCCAGGUUCUUGUGCAUAUGUUGUACGCUGCAUCAAUGCAAUGGUUUUCGCUCA